GUCAGACUGAGCAUGCGCACACGCUACCUCUGUUCUUCCUCCUCCAAGUUGAUGAGAAUGGUGGACGAAGCGCGCUGGUCGUUGUAGGUUAGAUAAAGUAAACUUCAAAAGCUGCACACAAGUUCACGCCGUUGAUCAAAUUACAUGGAAGAUACUGGCCUGCAACUCUCAGACGACACUAUUACUGGAAUGCUGGACACUGAAUCCCCUGCAAUGGAGAGCAAUGGGGAUGCCUUUCUUCCGGACCUUCCUGUUCUAGGCCAGGCAGCUGAAUGGUCCAUGGACCAAGUGGCUCCAGAGUCACUCUCAAACAUUUUGCCUGAAGACUCUGAUGCGUCCCAAGAUGUUCCCGGGCAAGAGCAGCAACCCAGUCAAGAGGCCAAGUCCACAGAGCUGGCAUCUGUGGAGAAGGCUGUGGAGCAGUUUCAGCUUGCCAGUGCUCAGCUCUUCCAAGGGGAGCAGCCUCCACCUCCACCACUGCCCCAGGAAGAGGCAGAGACUCAGCAACCCAACCAGGAGAUGGGUGUCGCACCAGAGCCUCCUCUACAAGAUGGCAUUCAAGAUGGGACUGAGGCAACGCAGGCGACAGAGGAUGGCAUGGAGCUGGAAGAACCAUCCAAAGAAACACAAGAAUUAACUGUUCCUGCAGAGCCAGAGCUGCCCUCCGAGUUUGAAAAACUGUUCAAAGGGUGUGAGGAGAACCCAGAAGAUUUCAAUGGCUGGGUCUACCUGCUUCAGUAUGUGGAGCAAGAGAAUGUCCUUACAGCUGUGAGAAAGGCAUUUGAUGUCUUCCUCCUGCGGUAUCCCUACUGCUAUGGCUACUGGAAGAAGUAUGCAGAUAUUGAGAAAAAACAUGAAAAUUUACAAGUUGCAGAAGAGGUGUACAGAAGAGGCCUGACUGUUAUCCCUCUCAGUGUGGAUCUGUGGCUGCACUACCUCACCUACCUGAAAGAGAACUCAGAUCUUAAUGAUCCAGAGACAGAAGGACGCAUUCGAGCUUCCUAUGAACAUGCGGUGCUCGCAGCAGGGACCGAUUUUCGCUCAGACCGCCUGUGGGAGGCCUUCAUAAACUGGGAGACAGAGCAACAGAAGCUGGCAAAUGUCACUGCCAUCUACGAUCGUGUCUUGGGCAUCCCAACCCAGCUGUAUUCCCAGCAUUUCCAGAGGUUCAAAGAACACGUUCAGAACAACAACCCCAAACAUUUCUUGUCCGAAGAGGAGUUUCUUCAGCUGAGGCUCGAGCUCUCUAAAGCCAGUCUUUUGGCGAUGGUCGGUGACGGAGAAGAUGGAGAGGCACUUGCUACUCAGGAGGAGUUACCACCUGGUACAGAAGAUCUUGCGGAUCCUGCUAAGAGGGUGACAGAGAUUGAGAACAUGCGCCACAAGGUGAUCGAGGUCCGCCAGGAAGUGUUCAACCACAAUGAACAUGAAGUCAGCAAGCGCUGGGCCUUUGAGGAAGGGAUCAAGAGACCGUACUUCCACGUCAAAGCCUUAGAGAAAGCGCAGCUCACCAACUGGAACGAGUACCUGGACUUUGAAAUUGAAAAUGGGACUCCGGAGCGCGUGGUUGUUCUCUUUGAAAGAUGUCUCAUCGCUUGUGCACUCUACGAGGAGUUCUGGGCCAAGUAUGCAAAAUAUCUAGAGAGCUACAGCAUUGACGGUGUGAGACAUGUCUACAAGAAGGCUUGCACCAUCCAUCUGCCCAAGAAACCAUCCAUCCACCUGUUGUGGGCAGCCUUUGAGGAACAGCAAGGCAACGUAGAAGAGGCUCGUGACAUCUUGAAGUCCUUGGAGGCAUCAAUCCCAGGUCUGGCCAUGGUGCGUCUUCGGCGGGUCAGUCUGGAGCGUCGCCACGGAAACCUGGAGGCAGCUGAGGCAUUGUUGAGGGACGCCAUGGAGACGGCAAAAAAUUCAACUGAGACAACGUUCUAUGCUGUGAAGCUUGCCAGGCAGCUGAUGAAAGUGCAGAAAAGUCUGAGCAAGGCCCGGAAAGUGCUUCUAGAUGCUAUUGAAAAGGACCAGACGAGUCCAAAGCUUUAUCUGAACCUGCUGGAGCUGGAAUACAGUGGGGAUGUGACACAAAAUGAGGCUGAGAUCUUGGCUUGUUUCAACCGAGCCCUGCAAAGCUCCCUGCCCCUUGAAUCCCGCCUGCUCUUCUCCCAGCGCAAAGUCGAAUUCCUGGAAGACUUCGGCACUGACAUCAAUGCGCUUGUGGCUGCAUAUGAGGAGCAGCAGAAACUACAGAAAGAAAGUGAAGCAACAAAGAGGAAGGCUGAGAACGGCUAUGACAGCUCUCAAGAACCAGAUGCAAAGAGACAGCGUGUGGAUGAGGACCCUUCAGCAGCAGCAAGCGCAGUGACUGACAUGCAGGCAAACCCCUCUGCGUACAACUACAACUGGUACCAGCAGUAUGGUGGUUGGGGACAAAACUCCUGGGGUCAGUACGGCCAGUAUGGCCAGUAUAACCAGUACUACCCUCCUCCUCCUACAUGAUGCUCAGAAUCCAUAUGAAGACUUGGCAUCCUUCCUGACCGUUUUACAUCUUGGAACAGGACUUCUUAACAGGGUGUCAUGGAGAUUUCACUUCAACCACAGACUACAGAAGCUGGUUUAUUUGAUUUUUUUCCCCCUUAUGUUCUUUCUGGUUUACUGUGUGCUAAUCAGUUAAAUUUCUUAUUGUAGCCCUUGGUUGGAGUAUAUUUGGCCCUCCAUGGCAUAUUGUCAUAUUGACCUGACAUUUAUAUAUAUAUGAAAAAAUAAUUUCUACAUUCACCAUCUCUUGCACUGGCUUCUUCUUUUUGGGUUAAGUGCAUGUUAGUUGUGAAGGCACAUUUUCCCUGGUGUGAGAAAGACUUUAAUUUGUAGUUCUGAUGACUUAGUUUGGUCUCUUUCUUUGUGUUAAAGAUUUAAACUUGUGAAGGAGGCAUCCUUUAAUGCAUCUCUGAUUCAUGUUCCUAGACACAAAGAUUUUAAUAUUUCAUGAGUAUGUUUCCAUAAAGAGCAAUGAAGAGUCCUUUUUUUUUUUUUAUUUUGACCUGAUUUCAUAAUAAAGAGAUUGAUAUGC